UAAACUAGAGCAGAAGACACCGUCUUUUUUCCGCUCUCCUAUCUGAGUUCUCUCGAGCUGAAGCCGAUAGCCAUGACUAGCUCCUCCGCUCAUUCACGCAAGGCUUUAAGCAAGAUCGCCUGUAAUAGGCUCCAGAAAGAGUUAGUGGAGUGGCAAGUUAACCCCCCUAUCGGUUUCAAGCAUAAAGUAACCGAUAAUCUCCAAAGUUGGAUAAUUGAAGUCAACGGAGCUCCUGGAACGCUUUAUGCUAAUGAAACUUAUCAGCUUCAGGUUGAUUUUCCUGAGCAUUAUCCUAUGGAGGCACCUCAGGUGAUAUUCGUUCCUCCAGCGCCUCUGCAUCCUCAUAUUUACAGCAAUGGGCAUAUUUGUUUAGAUAUUCUGUAUGAUAGCUGGUCCCCUGCCAUGACUGUGAGUUCUGUCUGCAUAAGCAUUCUAUCCAUGUUAUCAAGCUCAACUGCAAAGCAAAGGCCGGCUGAUAACGACAAAUACGUUAAGAACUGUCGCAAUGGAAGGUCUCCCAAGGAGACGAGAUGGUGGUUCCAUGAUGAUAAAGUAUAAUGAUAACAAACCUAGUGUCUAGAAUUUGUGUAUAAAAACCGAGGGGUGGUGAACUUUUUACGUUUGUCUUGCUGUGUAUGAAAUUACUAAUUAAACGUAGAUUUAAUUCGAAUGUGGUUACCUAAUUCAAGCAGCAGACUGAAAAAUGUAAAACUUUCCUUUCUUUUAAA